GUUUGACAAGGCUUUCCCAUUCCUCCGCCAUUCUUGUGGCUCUUUGCAGUAGAAGGGCACGAAGAGAGCAGUGCCCAGUAAACCAAGGACUUGGUACUUUGUCGUUCAACCAUGCUGUCUAGGGUCGUUUUCGUUUCAGGUAUGCAAUGCCAGCCUUUUAUACAUACGAUUGAGUUGAAAUAGCAGUAGUAAUGCCACGAAGUGUGGCUGACUUGAAUGUGAAUCUGAAGGGUAAAGUCAGGAGGAGAAGGCCGCCCUCACAUUGAAUGAGCAACAUGCAACCCUAGCAAGGCUAACGACAGCUAGUAAAUGUAACUAUAAAUGUAACUUGCAAAAUGUUAUUCAUUUGUCCAAUUUGGGUAGGUAUUGCACAGGUUUUGAAAUAGUUAGCUAAAUGUCAAGGUAAGUCAUUGUUUUUCGCGAUAUUAGUUAGAUAACUAAAGUUAGCCUGGUUUGAUUUCUGCCCUUGGCUAGCCAACAUAUCUGACCCGCUUGUUUACAACUGCACUAGGGUCAGACCGCAUUUCUGUGUAGAUUAAGUUACUCUGGAGCCUAAGCGAGAUAUGGUUCAGAAAACAUACCUCAAUCCAGAGAUGAGAAAUGCGUUGCACUCUGAAUUGUCCCAUUAUCCCAACUGUUACUCUGAGAAGAUUAAACAACUGCUAGUUUAAGUAAAAUGCAGUUUUCGUCCUCAUGCUAGCUAGCAGUAGCCACAGCAGCCAUUAUGGAUGCAAGUCGCGUUGAACAACAAAGGAGCUGAUUGGCUGACACUUCCAUUCCAAAAUGGCUGCUGUGGCUUCUGCUACCUAGAAUGAGGAGGAAAAGGACAGUUUUCAGAGCAAACUUGAUAUUUAUUUUCCGAGCCAUGUCUCCUCAGUGUCUUAAUCUAAAUGGGUCAUUCUCAUGAAACGGUCCAAAAAAACAAGUGUAAUUUUUGAUUAAAUUUCCUCUUGAAUCACUGAGAUUAGGAUCUGUAAUGAUCUAUUUCAUAAUUAUUGUAGUUUCUUUAUCAGAUAUGCAUUUUCCAAAAAUGCACAUUACGUAACAGUUUUUGAAGUCCCAUUUUUUUUUUUAAUACAAUUAACAUUGCUCCCCUAAUGAAAAGGCCUGAGUUAAACAACACUGAACAUAAAAAUAUUUCAAAUGAAAUUAUACAAUUAUUAUGAAAUUAAAUCAGACUUUUCCCCCAAUUUUAGUUCUUUAGCCUUUUCGGUAAUGGCGAAGGCCAAGUGGGGUAAAGAGGGUGUUUUGAGAAUAAGAACUUCAUUCUGAAGGAAUAUAAGUGAAUAAAUUAACUUGUGCUCAUCUAAGGAUUACUCCUCCAGAUGAUGCAUCAUGGGGUGAAUAAAACUUUAUUUAAAAACUGAUUGGAGUUUUUACAGGAACUUGAAGAAGUGUUACGUUAAUGACAUGUUCAGACACUGUUUGUACAUAAUAAAUAUUAUAGUUUAAUGUAAACUUCAACUAGUAUACAAUUUUUUCAGAUUUAUGGACAAACUAGACCAACAUAUUUUGUGUUUUAUCCAAAUAAGUUAGGUUUUUCUAAAGAUCUUUUAUAUUUUUUAUUAAACGACACAACAUUUAAUCCGGACGCAUUUCGGUAAUGAGAAUUUGGCCUGGAAAUAUUUGAACAUACUUUACCGGUUGACCGUGGGGUUGGUCCUUUUGGAGGUAGGAAUGUGAGACUAUAUAUCCACAGUAAAGUAUAAUAACAAACUUUUCAAAGCGCUGGUAGUGUGUUCAGAUUUCUAUCACCUGAAGCAUGAGCAGGACAACCGCAUGGACAACCGGUAAAGUACGUUAAAAUAUUUCAACUUUUUGGGCUAGUAGAGGUCGUGCAACAAGCUAACUGUUUGCAAAGCUAACUGGCAGUUGGCAACACCUCUUGCAAGUUCAUGCGUGAUAUUGGCCUCUUGAAGUUUGUAUUUGUUAGGUAAGUAUUUAGGUAACUAGCUAGCUAGUUAUCCAUGUAGCUGUCCAAGUAAAACUCAACUCCACGAUGUACUUCAGGUUAACCGAGUUGAGCAGCAACAAGUGUGGGCAGACUGGAGCUCCAACAGUACAUUCAAUUAAGUUUGUAUGUGUGCUGAAUGCUGGAAAUGAAAUCUGUAGUUUUUGUGUUUAAAUAAACGCUCCAGUCCGCCCACUCUCGUCGCCGCUCUAUCAUGUAACUAGCAAGCUAGAGACUAUUGAAUUCUGGAAGCUUGCUAACUAGCUAGCAUGGUAACGCUUGCAGAUGCCAUGGCUUAUUGCGCUUGACGGCUGACUAAAAGUUGAGACUAAAGCUUGUCAGUGUGUACAGUUCACAAGCACAUUCUCUUUGUUUGAUUGAUUGCAUAAGUAAAAGUCCAUAUUCAUCUCUACAAUUAUGUUCAAAAUUGAGCACAAACGCUGCACUCUUUGAGCAACUACGGUGCAAGUUUAGUGUUACGUCACAGCACAUCUCUUGUUUUUGAUGCUAAGUAAAUCCUAUUCUCUCUACAAUUAUGUUCAAAAUUGAGCAACAGAGCACUCUUUCAAGCAGCCACAGUCUCCACAUGUUAGUUCUUGACACUUCAGAGAAGUUCACAACCAUUUGCUUUUUUUCCUCCAGCUAAUGCUGUAAAGAGCAGUGGUCCCCUCGGCGCUGGGUAUGCAUCUGUUGUCUUAUUAUGACUUCCAACCUUUAACUGAAGCAAACAUUGGUAUUUAUUAAAUAUACAUAUAAACUGAAAUAAGGGUGACAAAAUUAUAACGGUCACCUUGAACUCAACAUUUAAGAUCUACAUGCCCAUCCCUUCUGCAGUUCCUGUAAUAAGUCGUCUGUCUGUCCUCCCAGGUUGGUCCAGCUGUCCCACCUCCACACGUCCCCCAGCAGCCAGGCCCCAGUCCCCGCUCUGCCAGACAAAGGAGGCAAGACACGCCAUGGAAUCAUCCCAGAGGAACUCUUUCAGCUCCUGUACCCAAAGACUGGAGUCACAGGUCAGUAGAACUUCCCCAAACCUGGAGCAUCGUUCAGCAACGUUCGGAUAGAAAUAUGACAUGUAGAACAGACAUGCCUCACUGAUAUGUAGACUAAUAAUUUCAGCUGUAUUCGUUACAUUUCUAUCUGCGUGAUCAACGAUGUUUGCAUAUUGAAUGUGGUCACUCCUCUCACCUUUCCUCAUCUCCUCCUCUUCUCUCCUCCUCUCCUCCUCCCCUCAUCUCCUCCUCCCCUCCUGCCCUCAUCUCCUCCUCUUCUCUCCUCCUCCCCUCAUCUCCUCCUCCCCUCAUCUCCUCCUCUCCUCCUCCCCUCAUCUCCUCCUCUCCUCCUGCCCUCAUCUCCUCCUCCCCUCAUCUCCUCCUCUCCUCCUGCCCUCAUCUCCUCCUCCCCCUCAUCUCCUCUUCUCUCCUCCUCCCCUCAUCAUCUCCUCUUCUCUCCUCCUCCCCUCAUCUCCUCCUCUCUCCUCCUCCCCUCAUCUCCUCCUCUCUCCUCCUCCUCCUCUCUCUCCUCUCCUCCUUUCCUCCUCCCCUCAUCUCCUCCUCUUCUCUCCUCCUUUCCUCCUCUCCUCAUCUCCUCCUCUUCUCUCCUCCUUUCCUCCCAUCUACUCUUCCCUUGACACUCACCUCACUCCUGUCCUGUUGUCUCCAGGCCCCUACAUGCUGGGUGCUGGGCUACUCACAUACAUCCUCUCCAAGGAGAUCUACAUCAUCAACCACGAGACCUUCGCUGCUGCCUGCAUGGGUACCGUCAUCAUCUAUGGUGUCAAGAAAUUCGGCCCCGACGUUGCAGCUUUCGCUGACAAACUGAACGAGGUGGGGAAUUUGUCCUCGGUCUGUUUGGGUUAUUUGAUCAUUCAUUGCAGGAGUUGUUAGCAUAAAUGUAUGUUGUAGUUGUGCUCUGGAGUGCUGAAAAGAUGCACCAUGUCAACACACAGCCUCGUUUCUACUCAAUUUUAAAUUUAGGCUUUGAGCUCCCCCUUAAUGCCAGCCAGUUCAGAGACAUUUCAUAUGUUUGAGGAAAUGGAUCCAUACUGCAAACGGUCCAUACUGCAAACGGUCCAUACUGCAAACGGUCCAUACUGCAAACGGUCCAUACUGCAAACGGUCCAUACUGCAAACGGUCCAAACGGUCCCAUGCUGCAAACGGUCCAAACGGUCCAUCGUACGCCAAACGGUCCCUCUGAGGCUCGUAGUCUCAUAGCUGACCUAUGACCCUGACCCUCUGAUGUUGUCUGUGUGGUUUUACAGGAGAAAGUUCAGAAGGCUCAGGAAGUGAAGGACCUGGCCAUGAGCAGCUUGGCUCAGGCCAUCCAGGAUGAGAAGAAGGAACAGUGGAGGGCGGAGGGCCGACAGAUGCUCUUCGACGCUAAGAGGGUGAGUGUGACUGACUGAGGGUAGAACACGGGUCUCCUUUAUGCAUUCAAGACCGUGUUAAAUCUGAGCUAAAAUCUAGGCUCGACCAUACACACCCAAAUUAGGUGGAAUCAAGCCAACUAAAAAGCAUUUGAUAGAGACCUAUUGAACAUGGUCUUUACUCUGUGUAACCACUCCUAGGGCUGGUUUAAUUGAGCAUAGACCUUGAUUAAAAAUCAUUCUCAAUGGAGAAUAUCUGUUGAAAGAGUGUUUUAGUUCAAGACUAAACUUUAUCUGGGUCUGGGAAACCAGACUGUAAUGUCUUGGUAGGAUUUUGGCAUGAGAUGGUGUACUAAUGUCUUCUCCUGUCCUGUCCUCUUCUCCUGUUGUCCUGUCCUCCUGUCCUCUUCUCCUGUUGUCCUGUCCUCCUGUCCUCUUCUCCUCUUCUCCUGUCCUCUUCUCCUGUUGUCCUCUUCUCCUGUUGUCCUGUCCUCUCCUCCUGUCCUGUCCUCUUCUCCUGUCCUCUUCUCCUGUUGUCCUGUCCUCUUCUCCUGUCCUCUCCUCCUGUCCUGUCCUCUUCUCCUGUCCUCUUCUCCUGUUGUCCUGUCCUCUUCUCCUGUUGUCCUGUCCUCCUGUCCUCUUCUCCUGUCCUGUUGUCCUGUCCUCCUGUCCUCUCCUCCUGUCCUGUUGUCCUGUCCUCCUGUCCUCUCCUCCUGUCCUGUUGUCCUGUCCUCCUGUCCUCUCCUCCUGUCCUCUUCUCCUGUUGUCCUGUCCUCUUCUCCUGUCCUCUUCUCCUGUGUCCUGUCCUCUCCUGUCCUCUUCUCCUUUCCUCCUCUUCCCUCCUCAUUCCCUCCUCUCCUCCCCCACCCCCCCCACCUCAGAACAACGUGGCCAUGCUGCUGGAGACCAACCGCAGGGAGAGGGUCCACAUGGUGACCAACGAGGUGAAGAAGAGGCUGGACUACCAGAUCGCCCUGCAGGCCCUCCACCGCCGCAUGGAGCAGGAACACAUGGUUAACUGGGUGGAGAAGAACGUUGUCACCAGCAUCACCCCCCAGCAGGUGGGUUAGGGAUGGGAGACAGAUGGGAACAUUACAUACUUGACUGGAGUGUGUAGUCAGUGUGUGUAUAGUUGGUAUAUAGUCGUGUGAGUGGGUAGUCACUCUCCUGAGUGGCGCAGUGGUCUAAGGCACUGCAUCGCAGUGCUAACUGUGCCACUAGAUCCUGGUUCGAAUCCAGGCUCUGUCGCAGCCGGCCGCGACCGGGAGACUCAUGGGCGGCGCACAAUUGGCCCAGCGUCGUCCAGGGUAGGGGAGGGAAUGGCCGGCAGGGAUGUAGCUCAGUUGAUAGAGCAUGGCGUUUGCAAUGCCAGGGUUGUGGGUUCGAUUCCCACGGGGGGCCAGUAUUAAAAAAAUAUGUAUUCACUAACUGUAAGUCGCUCUGGAUAAGAGCGUCUGCUAAAUGACUAAAAUGUAAAUGUAAAUGUAGUCGGUGUGUGUAGUCGUGUGUGUGCGUAUAUAGUCAGUAUGUAGUUGGUGUGUAUGUAGGUGGAAGGUGUAACAGUAUACAGGUGAGUCAGAAAAUAAAAUCUCAGAGAGAUACGGUGUAUAAAAAAUAAAAUUAAACUCUCCACUAGAGGUAGUUACUGUACCCUGCCAUGUUUCUGGUAGGUAGGUAGCUUGUUCUCAAAAUGAACUUGGCAAAUGUCAGCCGGCGUUUGCUGUAUUGAUGGGCAACAGAAUUACAGCUCAACCCGCUGCAAUUUGGUUUAUUUUGACUUUUUAAAAAAUGUAUUCUUGUUUCAGUUGACCCUUGACCUUGCUAAUGCCUUGCUGUCUGACUAACCGUGUUUGUUCGUUCUGUGUUUCAGGAGAAGGCGAGUAUUGCCAAGUGCAUCACAGACCUGAAGGUGUUGGCUAAAAUCCAGCAGGCUAAGGCCACUGCAUAACUCACUACUGUGCUGUCUACACCUUUGCCACUGAACCCCAACUCAUUGAUGCCCACUUUUCAUUACAAAUCAACUAUUUCCUCUUAACGAUAUGGUCUCUGUCCAUGUUAUGAGUGUAUAUACACAUCAACUGAUCAUAAAAUAAAAGGUUCAUUUUAUUCACUAA